AUGAGGACAAGCUUCACUCAGUCAAGGUGGUUCUUCACAAACAAAUUGCCUUCUUUUGCUGAUUACCUGAGCAAUGGUGCGAUCACAAUCGGAGCUAUUCUUGGAUCAUCAGCAGCUCUCUUGUACAUGGAUUGUGCCUUAGAGGAUGUUAUCAACUGGCUGUCAACUAAUCCAAAACUUACUGCUGCUUACUCGACACAUUUGCGAUUGAUGAAUGAUUUUGGAGGUCACAAGUUCGACAAAGAAAGGGGCAGUGGCACAGCGCUUGAAUGCUACAUGAAGGACUAUAAUGUAUCGGAGGAAGAGGCAGCCAGGAAGUUUCGAGAGAUGUGGGAGGAUACUUGGAAGGUUAUGAACGAGGAACGCUUGAGGCCUACUCCCAUUCCAAGGGAUGUUCUCAAAAUGCUUCUCAACAUCACAAGAGUAAGUGAAACCAUUUACAAGCACGGAAUAGAUGGAUUCACUCAGCCACAUGCCAUUGAAGACCAUAUAAGGGCAAUGCUUGUGGAUUUCAUGUCUAUUUGA